GAGAGAGAGAGAGAGAGCACUAAUACAUCACAGAUAACCUAUCUAUCCUAUCCGUUUUAGGAUAUAGCCUACUGGAGAGGUUUCGACACGACAAACGAAGGAUAGAACAGGAUAUCGGCGAAUAGGUGGUGGUGGAGUUUAGGGGGAUAUAGAUAAACAACGUUCUGUAUUAGAGCUGUUUUAUUAGUGGAUGUGUAUGCAUGAGUUCUGCACCGAAUGGGCGCAAGAACCGCCCCAGAUCCGCCGGGAACAUCUUCCAGAUCGGCAAGGCUCCCUACCGAGACCCGGAGAGGAGGGAGAGCACGGAGAGCACCCGCAAAGCCCAGCGUGCCGUGGCUGACUGCAGAAUGGUGGGUAUGGAAGUUGUGACAUGUAGCCCACAGUGCGUAUUUCCUCUGCAGGAAAUGAUGCAGCUAGUCGUGUAUUCAUUCACCCUUUCUUUACUUCUUUCUUUAACUAAUUUCAUCAAUUUGCACUGAUGUUGGCUGUUUAAACACCAACAAACUGCAAAUCCCUAGGGAAAAUGUUUCCAUUUGCGCUGCUGUUGUUGAAGAGAAGACAAAUUGACCUGCUCAUGUUUUUUACCCGUUGUUUGUCACUGAUUGCGAUAGUAAGAAUUACAUUUUGGAUCAUUAAGUGUUGAAAGCCUGGCUGACGGUGAUUUGGGAUGAUCUCCAGUAUCGCCCAUAUUACAGAGUUCUCUAACGGGCUCUGUUUGAUGGACGUAGACGGCCACUGAUUUGACAGGUGCUGGCAGAAACGUCCAUAAUAUAUUCUCUCCCCUCACAUACAUCAGUAAACGUCACUGAGUCUCAGCACGGGAAGAACAGCAGAACGCGUCUGAGUCUCGUGCUCUGGUAGAACAGAAAAGCGUUGUCCCAUCCAAAGGAUCCAAUGCUCUAAUUCAAUGCACAUAGCCGAACUUAGCAUACGGGGUUGUCGUCAAUGAGCAAUUGAUUCGUUUUAAAUAGACGUUCUAGUUGUCAUUUCAUAUCCUAGGCAUAUCGUAUUGUUUUUAGGCAUCAAUAUUGAUUAGCCUAUCUUUUGUAUCGUGGAGGUUAGAAUAGCCUAAUACCCCUGUCCAGGGAUCAAUGCUUUUUUGGAAAUGGCAGUCAAUUUAUUCAAGCUCUAGUGUAGAGAAACGAUCGACUCAAAGGUGGUUGCUGUCCUUAGCAGGAUGGUGCUGAAUUGCUAGGGUAGCCUAGUUCUUGAACUUGCAGUGCCGAAAUAUUCACUGUCACCAAUGUAAAAACCUAAAGCUGCUAAAUUGACAGCCUACCUGUGAAUAUAGGAUGACAAUUUAUCUGAUAACCUACAAGUAAAUACGUUGUUCUGGCAACUGCUGUCGCAAGUAGGCCAAUAUUCCAAAUGUGUCUGCUUGUGAAAUUCUAACAAUUCCCGAUGAGAAAGCCACAUAUGUUUGCAAUAGCCCGCAUUAGUUAAACUAUAUGGAAGAACAUUGCAAGGUCUUGCUGGGGCUCGCGACAGAGGAAACAAUAUUUGAGGUCCAAAUCAUCUUAAAUCAUGUUUAUUUCAUUUUUAAUUCCUCAGAUUGUGCAGGAUUUUAACACGCUUGUGGCGCUGUAUCGUGAACUGGUCAUCUCCAUUGGCGAGAUCUCCGUCGACUGCCCGUCGUUACGGGCCGAGAUGCACAAGACGCGAACUAAAGGCUGCGAGAUGGCGAGAGCUGCACACCAGAGCCUGUCAGUCAUUUCAGGGUAAGUAGCGGUCACUGUCCUUGGUGCUGAAAGACAGCAUUGGGGCUGUUUCACAGACAUGGGCCAAAGGCUUCUACAAAGACCUCCGCUUGGAAAUGUAACUUAGGUUUCAGCCUCUGCUUUCAGUCUAGAGUGGCCUGUGUGAGCUUUGAUCUUUUGGUCUUUUGGUCUGUACAGGGUUGUAAUUUGCAUGUCUUUUACUGUCUUCUUAUGAAGGAUGAAGGACAUAAAAGAGAUAAAGUGACUUGAUAGGCUACAGAGGAGAGAGAGUGAGAGAGAGAGAGAGAUAGGGGAGAGAGAGAGUGAGAGAGAGAGAGAGAGAGAUUGAGAGAGGGGGGUAAGAGAGAGAGAAAGCGGAGAGAUGACUAGCGAGAGGUUUGUUUCGGGGCUUGAGCUCUCGCGCUUUCGUUUUCGUCUCUGCGAGGGUUCUCAGCUGCUCUCUCUCUCUCUCCUCUCUCCUCUCUCUCUCUCUCUCUCUCUCUCUCUCUCUCUUUCUCUCCCACUCUCUCUCUCUCCUAGUUAGCCUUUUCUUGAUCAUGCACUUCUACAGUUUAGUGGGCUAUCCUAGUCUGAGUGUGAUAUUGACCUGCUAGGCGGCAGGUAGCUUAGUGGUUAAGAGCGUUGUGCCAGUAACCGAAAGGUCGCUGGUUCUAAUCCCCGAGCCCACUAGGUGAAAAAUCUGUCGAUGUGCCCUCGAGCAAGGCACUUAACCCUAAUUGCUCCUGUAAGUCGCUCUGGAUAAGAGCGUCUGCUAAAUGACCAAUUAUUAUUAUUAUUACUAUACUUAAUCCUGCUGCUUGGGAGUUGGACAGUUGGCUACAUUAUUGCAGAAGAGUUCCACUGAGCUUGGAGUUGAUUCAGACACUAAUGGAAGUUGGUCUGUGGAUCUUGGGGCCAUGCCAGACCAAGGAUAUUUUUUCAGAGAAGGCAGUAUUACCUCUUUGGAGGAUUUAGCUUUCAUUUUUCUUUGUACGCCUGCUGAAACAACAUGACUUGUUACCAUUACAGGUUGUUGACCAGCUUUUCAGAUCUUUUCAGUACCAAUUAUAUAGUUCCUACUUCUCUUAUACAUAGAUCUCUGUGGAAAGUAUCUAGUCUUCCUACAGAUGUAGGAUCUUAAUUUGAUUUUGAUCACCCUGUCGCAGUGGAACUUUCCUGCAAUGCAGGAAAUGUAAAAAAAAAAAAUUGGUUUAAAAAGGCUUCUGAAGUUUGUAAUUUCAACUUUGAAAUUUCAGACUUCAUUUUCCCAUACGAAAAAUGUACUGUAUCAACCCCAGCAAUAUUUUUCCAUUAAUUAUAAUCCACAUAAUAAUUCAAAUUUCCUUUUGCUGCAGGAUUAUUUUCCAGCUGUAGUAAACUGGAUCCCAAACUACAACCCUAGUCUUACCAUUGUCUGUCUGUCUGUCUGAGUGAUGCCGGACCUCUCCAAUGUGCCAGAGGAAAUCAGAUUAGUACUUUUGCCAGCUAGCAGCACUCUGACAGGAAACACAACGCUGAUUGAGAGAGAGCAAUGUUGCUUUUUGUGAGAAAUGUAAGAAGCAUUAAGUGCAUGAAAAAUCCAAUUAACACAAAAAAACAUUAUCUCAGCAGUUACAGAUUAGUCUGGGUACCAGUUUGUUUGUGCCAUCAUGCUACUCCUUGCCACUCCUUUUCAUGCUAAGGAGUGGUAAGGAGUGGAAUGAUGGCACAAACAGAUCUGGGACCAUGCUAGUAACAGAGAGGAAUAGAAGGCUUUUGGAACAAAAAGUCAGUUUGAUUGGAAAAGUCUCAUGUGAAAAAUACUUAAAGGUCCAAUGCAGCCGUUUUUAUCUCAAUAUCAAAUCAUUUCUGUGUAACAAUUCAGUACCUUACUGUAAUCGUUUUCCAUUACGUACGUACAUACCACAACCAGAAGCCAUGGAUUACAGGAAACAUCCGCACUGAGCUAAAGGGUAGAGCUGCCGCUUUCAAGGAAUGGGACUCUAACCCGGACGCUUAUAAGAAAUCCCGCUAUGCCCUCCGACGAACCAUCAAACAGGCAAAGAGUCAAUACAGGACUAAGAUUGAAUCGUACUACACUGGCUCUGACGCUCGUCGGAUGUGGCAGGGCUUGAAAACUAUUACAGACUACAAAGGGAAGCACAGCCGCGAGAUGCCCAGUGACACAAGCCUACCAGACGAGCUAAACCACUUCUAUGCUCGCUUCGAGGCAAGCAACACUGAAGCAUGCAUGAGAGCACCAGCUGUUCCGGAUGACUAUGUGAUCACGCUCUCCGUAGCCGAUGUGAGUAAGACUUUUAGGCAGGUCAACAUUCACAAGGCCGCAGGGCCAGACGGAUUACCAGGACGUGUACUCCGAGCAUGUGCUGACCAACUGGCAAGUGUCUUCACUGACAUUUUCAACAUGUCCCUGACUGAGUCUGUAAUACCAACAUGUUUCAAGCAGACCACCAUAGUCCCCGUGCCCAAGGACUCUAAGAUAACCUGCCUAAAUGACUACCGACCCAUAGCACUGACGUCUGUAGCCAUGAAGUGCUUUGAAAGGCUGGUCAUGGCUCACAUCAACAGCAUUAUCCCAGAAACCCUAGACCCACUCCAAUUUGCAUACCGCCCCAACAGAUCAACAGAUGAUGCAAUCUCUAUUGCACUCCACACUGCCCUUUCCCACCUGGAGAAGAGGAACACCUACGUGAGAAUGCUAUUCAUUGACUACAGCUCAGCAUUCAACACCAUAGUGCCCUCUAAGCUCAUCACUAAGCUAAGGAUCCUGGGACUAAACACCUCCCUCUGCAACUGGAUCCUGGACUUCCUGACGGGCCGCCCCCAGGUGGUAAGGGUAGGUAACAACACAUCUGCCACACUGAUCGUCAACACGGGGGCCCCUCAGGGGUGCAUGCUCAGUCCCCUCCGGUACUCUCUGUUCACCCAUGACUGCAUGGCCAGGCACGACUCCAACACCAUCAUUAAGUUUGCCGACGACACAACAGUGGUAGGCCUGAUCACCGACAACGAUGAGACAGCCUAUAGGGAGGAGGUCAGAGACCUGGCCGUGUGGUGCCAGGACAACAACCUCUCCCUCAACGUGACCAAGACAAAGGAGAUGAUUGUGGACUACAGUAAAAAAAAAAGAGGACUGAGCACGCCCCCAUUCUCAUCGACGGGGCUGUAGUGGAACAGGUUGAGAGCUUCAAGUUCCUUGGCGUCCACAUCACCAACGAACUAUCAUGGUCCAAACACACCAAGACAGUCGUGAAGAGGGCACGACAAAGCCUAUUCCCCCUCAGGAGACUGAAAAGAUUUGGCAUGGGUCCUCAGAUCCUCAAAAAAUUCUACAGCUGCACCAUCGAGAGCAUCCUGACUGGUUGCAUCACUGCCUGGUAUGGCAACUGCUUGGCCUCCGACCGCAAGGCACUACAGAGGAUAGUGCGUACGGCCAGUACAUCACUGGGGCCAAGCUUCUUGCCAUCCAGGACCUCUAUACCAGGCGGUGUCAGAGGAAGGCCCUCAAAAUUGUCAAAGACUCCAGCCACCCUAGUCAUAGACUGUUCUCUCUGCUACCGCACGGCAAGCGGUACCGGAGUGCCAAGUCUAGGUCCAAAAGACUUCUCAACAGCUUCUACCCCCAAGCCAUAAGACUCCUGAACAGCUAAUCAUGGCUACCCGGACUAUUUGCACUGCCCCCCCACCCCAUCCUUUUUACUCUGCUGCUACUCUGUUAAUUAUUUAUGCAUAGUCACUUUAACUCUACCCACAUGUACAUAUUACUUCAACUACCUCAACUAGCCGGUGCCCCCGCACAUUGACUCUGCACCGGUACCCCCCUGUAUAUAUAGCCUCCCUACUGUUAUUUUAUUUGACUUCUGCUCUUUUUUUCUCAACACUUUUUUUUGUGUUGUUUUAUUUUAACUUUCUUUGUUAAAAAUAAAUGCACUGUUGGUUAAGGGCUGUAAGUAAGCAUUUCACUGUAAUGUCUGCACCUGUUGUAUUCGGCGCAUGUGACCAAUACAAUUUGAUUUGAUUUGAUUACAAUUGUCAAAAAUAAACAAAAAUAGCUUUUUAAGCAAAAAAUAUUUCUGAACCAAGAGUUUGCUAGGACUAUCUGGGAGUGGUCUGAGUGCGGUGGGGAAGGAUACUAAAGUGGGUGAGGGGCCUAAUGGAUGAGAGAAUAUUGGCAGAGAGGUUUGGAACUCUCUUUGUUAUUGGUCUAUUAAAAUUAAAACCGCCUGGAGAUGUCAUCAGGUAAGCCAAAACUUCACCCAUGCAAAACCUGCUGAUUAGAAGGUCCUGAGUAGAUUGUAUUUUUAACCAGCAACAAUCAGGAAAUAAGAGUGAUCAACAUUUUCCACACUUUUACAGUGUUAUUUUCAUCAGCUGUUGUACAAUAUGAUACAAAAUACAGGAACAACAUAAUUUUGACAGCGAUGGGCCUUUAAAGCCUAAAAAUAAUUAAAUAAGUGCUAAAGCUAAAAGCACAUACUAAACUUGUGUUCCAAGAAUGUGCAAAGUCAUUUGUUUAUUAUGUUCUCUGUCUGUCCCCACAUUAUUUACAUUACUUACUUACUUACUUACUUAAUUCCUAUGUGGAACAUAAGCCUUCCAAGAAAAAGAACCAUGUCCCCACAUUUCCCGAUUUUGAAUCUUCAUGUACAAAAUGGACUGAUGUGAAGAGGUGGAAAUACUCUCUCUGUUCCCUCGGGUCUGACUUUUUGGCUGAACCUUAGGAACUCAACAUGGCUUCCAAGACGCUGCUGUUGUUGUUGUUUUACUGUCACCUUAUUCAAAUCUUUAAAAUGUAUUUACCGCUCAAAAUUGAUAGGGCAUAUGUGCAUUGUUGAUGUGAAAUGUGUAAUGUAUUGUUGUGUUGGUGUGGUGACUUGUUUGGAUUAUGGUGUAUCGUUUUUUAAAAUUUAAAAUACUUUUAUGUACAUCCUUGUGGUAAAGGAACAUUGUGGAUGUAAAGCAAGGUUCUGUGCAAGCAGACAGUAGAGUAUUAUGUCAUCUUUGCUUUGACUGGCAUUUUUGUGUUGGCCCCACAGGCCUGAGGAUGGAGAGAUCCACCCAGAGAUCUGCAGGCUCUUCAUCCAGCUGCAGUGCUGUCUGGAGAUGUACAUCACAGAGAUGCUCAAGUCUGUCUGUCUGCUGGGAUCCCUGCAGCUCCACAGGAAAGGUAGGGAAUGCUUGACAUAAAAUGACAUAGCAAUAUUAUAACCUGACAUAGAGCCUAUAUAUCACUCUUAUAGCCAGAGACAUGUAGCCUGAUGGGAUCCGAAAUAAUCCUAACUGAGCUAUUUUGAGCUACAAUUCACAGUUUACUGUGUGUAAAACAUGUAAUUACUAUUACAUUAGUAUUAUUAAUUGUGUGUGUGUGUGUGUGUGUGUGUGUGUGUGUGUGUGUGUGUGUGUACGUACGUACGUACGUGUGUGUUCCAGGGAAGGAAUGCUGUGGGCCUCCCAGGAUUGACAGUAAGGUGGAUGAGAGCUCAGACAUCCCCAUUCUAGAAGACACCUCCUCCCCCAUGGACUGUCAUCAGCUCUGCUGGCUGGUCGCCACAGACAUAGACAAUACUGAGAGGUGGGCUCACUGUGUGUGUGUGUGUGUGUGUGUGUGUUUGUGUGUGUGUGUGUGUGUGUGUGCACACGCGUGUGUCUGUGCGCGUGUGUUAUUAACAUAAUUCUGGGCGCAUUAGCAAAACACACAUGAACACUAUGUGAUUUUUUUUUUUACAAAUGUGAAUAUGAUUUCAUAGGGACAUGAGAGAGAUGAAGAACCUUCUCAGCAAACUCAGGGAGACGAUGCCUUUACCACUGAAGAACCAAGGUAGGGCCUCCACUGGAGCGCUCAAAUGGUUUCUAUGCUUGGAUCUUAUGUGAGUUAGAUACACAGUUAAAAUGACUUUGAGAUGAGUUUGAACUUGUAAUGGGCUUAUCUGUGUUUGUACGUACCCAGAUGACAGCAGCUUGCUGAACCUGACUCCCUACCUACUGGUCCGACAGAGGAAGAGGCGGUUCUUUGGGCUCUGUUGCCUGGUAACCAGCUAAGGGGCCUGCCCUCCUGGGUUGAAGGCAGGAACAGUAACACUUUAGUUGAAGUGUUGUUCAUGGCACAUCCAUAGAAGUGUCCUAAAGCACAUCAUAAUUAAAGUGUCAUAAGACAUGUCAAAAAAUGACAAACAUUUCAUAAAAGCUUUGUCAACUGGAAUGACAUACAGUAUUUGCAUGUCAUGACCAAUAUAUUUAUUUGCAUUAUGACACAGUCAAGAUAUUGACAUUUAUCAUAACAGUGCCACAUAACAGAAAGAGCAUAGUAUGACAUGUUUUGGAAUGUGUUGAGACACUUUACGAUGAUCUUAUGACACUGUUAUGGAUGUGUCAUGGACAACACUUCACGUAAAGUGUUACUGCGGCAACAAAUACACCAUUAACCACAAUCCUUUACCACUUGUGUCUCCCACCAAUCUAUUACUGCCAUUUCCAAUAUCCAAUACAGUUCUCUCUUUUGUUGAAAAGGCUACCCCAUUUUAUAAUUUUAUUUUGUAAUACAAAGAUAAUAUGUAAUUGCAAUGUAAUGAAACCAAUAGUCAAAACAUAUAUUUUAAAUGUAUUGCAACUGCUUUUCCUUUUGUUUGGUAAAUGGAGUCCAACCUUUUGGUUUGUCAGAGGUUUUCGGGAGAGAGAGACCAUUUGAAACAAUGUCAACAUUUAGUUUCUUCCAUAAAGCUGAAUUGAUGAAUUAAUGAAUUGUGUGUAGGACACAAUAUGAUCUUUAACUUUGUGUCAAAAACAAUGUUUCCAUGUACGACACUUGCCAUGUGUGGCAAUACUUUUUGAAUUUGACCUGUUAUUGAAGUACGACACUUGCAGUAAACAGAUAUGCUAUUUUAGGGCUCCAUUCAAUCUGUAUCGCUGAAGCGU